AUGUCCCCUACUACUGCCACGAAAAGUGUUAUCAUGUCACCCAAAGUCCUGUCGCUUUUCAUCACAGUCUCAGUCGUCUUCAAGUCAGACGGGUCCCUGUCGGCCCCAUCUCCAGGAAGGGGCCCAGACACUUCGCAAAGUCAGGUGCUAGUCCACAGUGAUGCAACAGUCCCUAAAGUUGGGGACAAGCCCGGAAACGCUUCCCAACCUGACUGUGGUUCUAAGCCGUGUGAAGUUGGUGCCAAAGCCCCUAGUAACGCCAGUGCAUCCCUCCCAAAUGAGGCUGAGGGCAUAGUGCACAUAUCCGACGACAGCGAUGACCUCUCCAAGAAACUCAACCCUGAGGCGUUAAUGAGAGGAUUUUAUGUUUUUGUUGGCCUGAGCAUAAUAGUCAUGGCUUACAUUGCUUGGAAAAGCUUCGGAAAGCGACCAACUCAGAUUCACCGAUAUGGAGUUGUAGGAAAUAGAGAUGAUUUGGAAAUGGCUCCACUGGAUUCAGAUGAUGGCGAUGAUGACGAUACUACCCAUUUCGAUAUCAGUAACCAUCGACUGCAGACAUGAUCGGCUUUGUUUAAGGUUUUCUGGGAAGACCUGUCUUUAGUACACCAGUUCCAGCUUUUUCUCAUGUUUCAAGAGAAUUGCUUACAAGCUUGUUUUCAAGUCAUUUCUUUAACAGAAAAAAAUGUUUAUUUUUAAUUUGGUUGCUGAGAGCUUGAUUUUCCAGUCUUGCAUGUCUGUUAUGUACCUGACAUUUUAAGAUGAUAAUGGAGCUGGUUUACAGCCCAAUUGUGAUUAAUUACUAAGACUUCUAGCAUUUGUUUAAGUUUGUUUCUUACAUUGUUUAUGUAUAUUAGUUGCAUUUGCCUGUCAGCUCUUGUGAAAGUAUGUUGGGACCAGUAUGUAGGAUAAAACCUAAAUGGUAAUCUUAUGUGAUAAUAGAGUAGAAAGGAAACCGAAGUUUCUCUAAACACUCUCGUUAUGACCAUGUAGGGGAAAGGAAACAUUGAGAAUAUUUUUCACUUCAAUAAGGAAUGAAGUAAAUGCUUCUUGGUAUA